AAAUUCCUCAAUAGCGUUCAUUAUACAGCUUGAUGAUUGAAUAAUUAAAAUUAAGUCAUGUAAAUUACAUAAAUUUAAUUGUAUUCGAUUAAGCAAUACGUUUUAAAUACGUAAAGACAAAUAAAAUAUUUGUGAAUUUUUAUAUACAUAGUGAUUUAAAGUUUAAAUGUGCUCUUAAAAAUUAAAAGUCCUUACUUUAUUUUAGCGAUUAUGGGAUAUUGAAAUUAUUUAGUGAGUUAGGUAUCCAAAAUAAUAACACGCUAGAAUGAGUCGUUUAAAUGAAAACUUAAAACCAUGGCAACAAAGGUAUACAAUUGUUGUACUAUCAGGCAAUAUUUUCAAUUAUAAUAAGUACUAAUUUAGUUUUAGUUACAAUGAAAUAUUUAUAUUUUUGAUAGUGUUUGGCUUAAUCAAACUAAUAAAGAAACUAGAAAAAGAUCAAUAACAUCUAAUGAAAAUUUUCAGUGUUAUAAAAAAAAAAAGUAUGAAUCUAAAGUCACUCCAAAUAAUCCAGAAAGCUUAGCAGUGAUGAUAAGUUUAGAAAUAAAAAAUGCCCUUUAUAAUUCAAAAUUAAAGCAUGUGACUAUAGAUGAUGUACAACCUUAUGGUUCUAGAGUUUCCGGACUUUAUAUUGAUGAUAGUGAUGUUGACAUCCAUAUCAACUGCUCAUCUAAUCUUUCACCUAGAGAAAUGAUUCAAUCAAUAGCUAAUGUUCUCCGAAAUGACAAAAAAUUUUAUAAAGUUUUUGCUUUAUAUUACACAAAAGUUCCACUUAUUAAAUGUAUUCAUAAACAUAGUGGGGUUGAUUGUGAUUUGUCAUUCAAUAAUAUGUAUGCUAUAUAUAACACAUAUCUUCUCAAGCACUAUUUAACUCUUAAUCAAUGCAUAAAAUCAGUAUUAAUUGAACUUAAGUUAUGGGCCAAAAAAUAUGGUUUAAUUAACACUAAUGGUUUUUCAAGUUAUUCCUUUUACUGGCUUGGUUUGUUUUUUAUGCAAGUCAAUGGCAUCAUACCAACUGUUUGUGAAUUACAGAAUUCUACUUCCGAGUUUAAAGUGGGAUAUUGGAAUUGUGCAUUUUCCAAAGAAAAACAAGAAGAUACUAAAAUCAAUAAAAUUAGUGUUUUUAAUAUUUUAGAUCAGAUGUAUACAUACUAUUCAAAUUUAGAUUAUGAAACAUAUGUAAUUUGUCCAUAUUUAGGUCGUUUAUUAUUUAUAAGUGAUUUUAAAAAUAUUGAAAAUCUACCAAAUGAGUUAUCAAAGUAUAAACAGUUUUAUGAAGACAACAAAAAAGAACAGAAAUUAUUGUUUUUAGGAAGUAGUAAGUUUAAUAUGUAUGUUCAAGAUCCUUUUCAACAUAAUUAUAACAUUUGUGCUAGAGUAACUCCUAAAAUAUUUUAUAAAUUUAUUGAUGCUUGUAAAAAAACAAAGUCAAAUUUGAUUAAUGAAAAAUUAAAUAAAAAUAUUGAAAUUUUUGAUACAAAAAUUACUAAAACUACUUCAACAUUUGUAAAAAAAGAAAAAAAUUAUGUCAUUGACUCUAAAUAAAUUACUUUUUAAACA